CUGGCAUGUAAACAAACAGGAGGAGGUCAGACUCAACAAGACGGGAAAGGAGAAGAAAAACCACAACAACCCGCCUCCCAUGGCCCGCCCAGCCCCAUAAAACACUGCAGAAGGAGAAGAAGAAGAAAACUACACUACCACACCUCAGGAGCUGCCGUUGUUAAGGUUGUAGCCCCAUAUCUUACCCAGGAAAGGGACGGGUGGACAGGGACUCGGGUCAACCAUCCUUGUCUGCCCUAGGAAACCGUGCUGACCAGCCUAGGAAACCGGGCUAACCAUCCUAAACCGGGCGUACCAUCCUUAUCUGUCUUAGAAAACCGUGCUGACCAUCCUUGUCUGUCCCAGGAAGCCGUGCCAACCAUCCUUGUCUGUCCCGCCCCUGCACACACCGCCAGGAUGGAGAUCAUCGUGGCCAACGUGGACAAGGUGACGUUCGACAUCGAGGUGCAGCUGGAGGAGCAGGUGGGGGCCCAGACGCUGCCCUUCCCCGGCAUGGACAAGUCCAUUGCCGCGGUCUGCACUUUCUACAUGCGAGGGAACUGCAGCAAGAGCGUCAACUGUCCAUUCCGUCAUGUGCGCGGCGACCGCACGGUGGUGUGCAAACAUUGGCUGCGAGGCCUCUGCAAGAAGGGCGACCAGUGCGAGUUUCUCCACGAGUACGACAUGUCCAAGAUGCCCGAGUGUUACUUCUACUCAAGAUUUAAUGCCUGCCACAACAAGGAGUGUCCAUUCCUGCACAUCAACCCCGAUAUGAAGAUGAAGGACUGCCCGUGGUAUGAUCGAGGGUUCUGCCGCCACGGUCCGCAGUGCCGCAACAGACAUGUUCGUCGCGUCCUCUGCAUGAAUUACUUCUCUGGCUUCUGCCCCGACGGACCCAACUGUAAAUUCAUGCACCCACGGUUUGAGCUGCCGCAGGUUAUGGACGACAAACAGAUGCCCCACAAAAAGCAGGGCAUCACGUGUCACUACUGUGGCGAGACUGGACACAAGGCCUCGCAAUGCUUCAAGGCGAACCCGGACCUGAGGGAACAGAACACCAUCAUUAGCCUGGCGUCGGGCGGCCCCAAGAGUCAGCCCGGCAAGGAUAUGGGUUCCCACGGCGGCGGUGGCGGAGGCGGCUACGAAUCAGGCAACCGAUUGGAUAACAUCACGUGCUUCAAGUGCGGAGAGCAGGGUCACUUCGCCAACCGUUGCACCAAGGGACAGUUCGCCUUCCUCAGCUCCGGCAACUAAGGGAGCGGAAGGGAAGGGAAGGGGAAGGAACAGCCAGCGCAGGACAUCAAGAGUUAUGCAUAUAUUAAUAGCGAUAGUUACUUUUUCUAUAUAAUUGUGUGCCUGUGUGAGUGUGUGUGUGUGUGUGUAUGUGUGUGUAUGUAAUAAUAAAUGAGAGAAUGAUG